GGCGGCGCGCGUGGGGGCCGCCCGCGUCACCCGGAGCGUCGCGGGCGCCCAGCGGCCGCCGAUCGCCGCCGCCGCCGUCGUCGUCACGAGGAGCAGCCACAGCCGCCACAGCCGCCACAGCAGCCGCGCUACGCACAGCGCCCCGCAGCUACAGAUAGCAGCAGUAGCGCCACAGAUACCACUCCUGCAGAGACUGCCCCGGCCGCUACUUAGGCGUUGGUAGCUGACAGCAGCGCGGGCCUCACGUCCCAGCACCACCACCACCACCACACCACCACCACCGCUCCAUCCGUCGACUGAGCCACAAUGCGCGCCCUUCACUCCCUGUGUGCUGCUGCGACAGCCUCGCUGCCGCCGCUGCUGCUGGUGGCGCUAUCGCUGCUGCUAGCGGCCGCUGCGCGCGUCGAUGGAGAAGAGACGCGCGCAGUCGAGGCGACCGCUGCUGCUGCUGCGAAUUCGCCGAACAUCACGGCCGUGACGCGGAGGCGUGGCGCAGUCGGCCCCAACUCGACGGCGGCGGCGCCGUCGCCGUCCAUGCACAUCCUGGGGGUCUCCCUCGACGCCUCGGUGCUGCGCCGCGCCGCUUACUUCUGCCUCGGGGUCGUGGCCGUGCUCGGCUUCUUCGCUGCGCUGCGAAUGAGGAGACGGUUCCGGAAGCCGCGGAAGUACGGCGUGAUUGUGACGCCGGCGGACGAGGUGGAAAUGGACCCGCUGGCGGACGACCUGGGAGACGAGGACGAAGAUACGACGCUGUUCGAGGCCAAGCGCCAACGGUGAUGUCAGAGCGGCUGCUCUUUCCCAAAGGGCAGCUCGUGGAGCAAGGAGAAAACCUAUUUCCCCCAUUCCCAGCCUUGCGAUCGCGAGGGCGAUGGACCAAUCAAACAGCAAUGACGAGCGUUGCCAUGGCGGUCUCAAGGAAAGAAGCGUCAUGGACACAAGGAGAGGGCCAUCCAUAAUUAUCCUUUGUAAUGAGGGCGGCGGCGAAUUGCCGGUAGUGCUUCUCUGAGAGCGCGGCGUUACAAUAUCAGAUAUCAGACGGAGCCCGUUUGCAAUGCUGUCGUCGGUUCUCGUGUCAUGCCGGUUAAUUGGAUUGUAUCAAUUGAACGCCCAGCUCCAGGGUCACCUGGGUGCACAUGCAGUGUCGGAUCGUAAACCCCGUUCCUGCGGCCCUGCCUUCUUCCAAGGAGGAUGCCUCUCCACAUUAGUCAUUUUAAAUGGACCGGCACAAACGUGGAGUGUGUCCUGCAUAAUUUGCGUGUUAGAGCAGAACGGCUGGAAAAGAUGUGCAAGGGUCGAGGUUGUUUCUCGGUCUUCGAGUUUGAAAGCCACUGCACGACUGAGCUUUGCUGUACGGGCUUAUGAAGCAAAUUAAGCCAUUACUCUGCAGUCGUGAAUAUGAUGGUGGCAUAUACUGACCCGUCGGAGGAACUCGUUUGAUUUGUACGCGUAUGACCACUUUGUACGAAUGGUAAAUAUGUCCUUAGCACACUUUCCGUUGGGCCUGUAGCAUGACGAUAUUUUUUUCUCGAAGGGUGACGGUUGGGAAAUGAAUAUAUUUUUGGGGAAAUUGUUAACUUUUUCUAUUUAAUAUGCACCAGCUAUACACGUGGGGUGUUUUUUGUUGUUGGUUUCUACAGGGCAGUUGUAAUUCCUUAAUGUGGCUGCUGCAGUCUGUUUUUAAAGAGUCGUGUAAAAAAAACAAAGGUAAUUGUUUUUAUUUGCUGGUGAUGGGUAUUUAAGUAUAAUUAUGACGGGGAUGCUCUCUUACAUGUUUACACGGUUCUUUUCGGGGGCCUUGCCAAGCGUAGUUGGACGGAUACUGUGAACGCACACGUGUGUCUGGGCUGUUUGACACUGGUUUGCAAUAAUAAACACAGGUAAUGCGCAGUA